AUGACCACCACGACGAGAUCCUCGGCCAAGGAGCGCGGCAACUCCACCAACGAGGGAGCCCCUCCCGCCUCAAAAGCCGAACCUGGUUCCAAGCACAAGGUCGAGGAAGGAACCAAGUCCCCGGAACCAAAGCGGCCCAAGAAGUCGGAUGAGAAGGAACAGAAGACUAUUGAAGAGACAAUCGGCGGCAGCGAACAAACCAAGCAGGAGCAACAGGCAGAGCAGCAAGAGCAGCAGGAGAAAAUAGCCAAGGACAGUGAGAAAGAAGAUGUUGCCAAAGCCGAAAAGGAAACCGCGACUGGCGAUGCCGAGGAGCCUCGUGAAGAUGCCAAGGACAUUCCCUCCAGCAUUCUAGAAAAGGGCAUCAUCUAUUUCUUUUUCCGUGGACGGGUUGGUAUUGAUCGGCCUUCCGACGUCGACGAGAUUGCCCGGAGCUACAUCAUCCUCAGACCGAUUGCCAAAGACGCCAAGCUUGGCAGCGGUCCCAUUGGCGAUGCAGGCAACAGCAGAGUAUGCGUUGUGCCCAAAAAGGUGCUCCCAAAGACGGGCAAAGACAGGUGGAUUUCUUUUGUUGAGAAGACCGGCGCCUCUUUCAGCGAGCUCAAGGACGAAUUUCUCAAGUCAAACGACUAUGAGACCAAGACUGCUGGGACAAGACACUCCCCGGCCGCUACACCUGUUGCGGAAGGCGUGUAUGCUAUUACCAGCACUGGGAAGGACAGUCACCUGGCAUACAUUUUGACUCUUCCCGACAAGCUCGGUGAGGUGCAAAAGGAGAUUGGCUUGAAGGAGAAGGGCAGUUUCAUCAUCAGCACAAGGAAUCCCCAGUAUGAGCCUCCCAAGAAUGCCAGGCUUCCUAAGGGACCAGAGUAUCCUAAGGAGCUUCUCGAAGAGUUUCGCUCUCUCCGGUGGGCUCCAACUCAACCCCGUCAUCUCGACUACGUGAACACGCAGUUCCUGCUCGUUGGCGAGUCUUCUGGCAUUGCCAAAGCCUUGGAACAACAGAAGAAAGACCAGAAGGAAGGAAAGAACGAGCCCGCCGAGGAGUUGGAGCAGUUGGAAGAAGAGGACGCGCAGCGGAUGCAGGAUCUUGACGACGACGACGCGGCUCGUAUUUUUGCGGAUUUGCAGGCCGAUGCGGGCCAUUACCCCAAGCUUCCCACCACUUUCUGA